GUAGGUGCUGAGAAGAUAUCUAUAACUGUAGGGCCUACUGAUCAUUACCUAACUCCAGCUCUUGCAUGCCACAGUCUAAUCCUGUGCUCUCCCAUUACCCCCAAGGUUGCCAUUACAGUGCAAGCUCUUGACCUGUACCACACUGUUCAUCAACAUUGCCCCCAUCUUUCCAUCCAGGGAUAUGUCAAAUUGCUCUGUGACAUACAUAGGGUCCCAUUUCACAAUCACUGCUCACAUCAAUUUUCCAUCACACUUGACAUUUACUUGCAAAUUUUAGCACUUGUCUUGAACCUUGUGCACCAGGCACUGCAGUGUGAUCAACCAGACUGGCAGCUCAAGCACAGCUGUUCUUCUUGUACUUACAAAUUGCAGGACAAG